AUGUCUUCCGAUGAUGUUCCACCAUUCUCACAGCACAAGCCCUCGUCAACCUCCUCAACCAGCUUCGCAGAUGUUUUCAAAACUCUAGGUGUUGGUCGACCUAAAUCGCAUUCCCCGGUCUCUUUACAAGAAAGCAGCAGCGAGUCGCUGUAUCACACAGACAGUCGCGUAAUACAUCGGUUCAUCUACGGACUCGAAUCAAUGCAUCGUGGUAGCGUCGUGUCGAGUUCCUCGGACACCCCCAGUGGCCCGGACUUCGAAACGUCACUUCACAAUUUAUCGCAGAGGCAGAACUUGACGCAGGCGAUUGAGGAAGCGGACCUGUUAUCAAGGGCUCUUCCAUGGUUCAGCUCAGAACAGUCAGUGCUGCUUUGGGAGGCGGCGGAGUACCUUUUGCAUCAUGAAAGCUCUUUGGACGCGCAGAAAAGUGGCUCCAGACUAUUAGAAGCAAUUGCAGCCCGCCAAGAUCUAUCUCCAUCGGCUAGGCGCCUGGUUUUCGAAUCAAUCGCCUCCCCAUCCGAGCCCGACGUGAUUGCUGGACGAGUGCAGUCGUUGAUUUCUCUAUCCGACCAUGGCAGAAAAUUGGACUUUGCAGGUUCCUCGCUUCUUCACAUCAUUUCCUCGUGGAUUGUGCCCUUUUAUGAAUCUAUUGCAUCCGCACGUUUAAAGGCCAAGAAAGCAAAGGUGGCCAAACCGCAUGGCCCCAGUCACGAUGAAGCAGUGCUAGGAGAACUGUUCCAAUUCGCAGUCGACCUGAUCACCUUGCAGCGAAAACAGCCAACUACAGAGGAAAUCGAACUGCUUCUCACAGAAACGUUCACCACCUGCAGGCGCACCAGUGUUGCAGCUGAUAUCAAGAACUCUUUAGCUGUGUUCGACGCAGUCAUCAUGUAUGCCGAUGUGCCUGAUGCAAGCUUUCCAACUCUUUUGGAAGUCCUUUGCAGCAUUCAUGCAUCAGUCAAAUCCCUUUCUGGGCCCACAUCGCGCGCAGUACGCAAUUUGGCUAAAUCACGGCGACAGGCGGAAAUGGUGAACACCCUCCAUCAAUUUCUUAGGGAUUCGUGCACUGUUGAACAAAGCCGAAAUUUGAAUGUUCUCCGCGGUACCCUUUACGUGUUUUCUGAUUUCAUCCGUGCAUACAACCAAGAGGGCAUGCCCCAGAUCCCCUUUGACCAACUGAUGGAGUCAUUAACGGUCAUUGCCCAGAAGGAUGAGAGCAAAGUGGAUACAGAUCUUUUGGACCUGUGUUUGAAUAUUCUAGAAGGAGACUAUCUUCGUAUAGCCUUAGAAUAUGAUUGGAUGACAUUCGCCAACCUUCUUAUAACGUGCUCUCGCAGGUUGGUUGACGAGUCAGCUCCUUCCCCGACUGGUUCCGCCGGCACCCAACCCAAACCAACCCACGACGAAACCAGAUCUUACAUUCUGGCAAAUCUCAUCCACAUCGCCUCUGUGCUUGAAUCGCAGUGGGAGCAACUUAACCGGGAGCAAAAACAGCAUACGGUCCGGUUCCUCAUGAAGAUCUACCAGCACAUCGAGCCUCCGCAGGCUGAACUCAUCAUCCAUUCCAUUCGAGAAGACCGACUUUGCUACCCUUCCGGGAACCCGAACUGGUCUCACCAUUGCCGCCAACUCGUCCAGCGUUUUGUUCAGUCUCGAGAUCAGCCACGAAAGCAAAGCUCUGACAUCCGCAUUUUGGCUUUGGACACGUUGAAAGAAGCUCUUUCUGGUCAUGAGGCUCGGCUCUUCGCGCCUGAGCACGGUCUUCUUGAACUUCUACUGCAAGAUUUCUCCGCCGAGCAUGAUCUUCUUUUCUUGGAGUCGCUGGUCUCUUUGUUAACGGACCCGGCGAUACAAUACAGCGACGAUGACACGUUCAAGCUUUUGGUCGAUACCAUUGGAGCACCGAUGCAGGUGGAUUCAGCCCGAGACGAAGCGCGCGAGCACCCACCUAGCCAGGGAUCCCAACGUCGAACAUCCACCACGAGUAUUUUGGAGUUGAGCUUAACAAACGUAUGUGCGGUGGGCCUUGUAAAGAUGAUGCUGCGUGCUUUGAACUUCUCCUCGUCCAAGGCUGUGAUGGUAUUUGCGGCACUCUUGGAUAUUGCUCAAUCACCGAGUCGACCAACAGACUCUCGCCUGACCGUUUUGAAGCUACUUUUCCGUCUGCGGUGCGACUCCAUCGGUUCAGUGACAGUCAUAUCCACCUCAGAAACUGAGUUCUUGAUGGAGGUGCUUGGUCGGAAUCUCGAUGGCGGCUCUAAGCUACAAGCCCCUAGCGACAGCCCCGCCAGCGAAGUUCCUCAUGAUAACACCCCUGUUUCACCUACCUCAAAGCUUCCAAUAAGGGAGCCUGCGUCAACAUCGGCGUCGAAGUCGGCUCCGGGACGUGGCUCUAUAUCAGCCCGCGGAUCAAAGCUGACGGCUCCUGUGUGGACAUAUGCGCAACCACAAGUGCUUCCCGAGCAACCACCUGGAGAGUCUAGUCCUGUCGUGUUUGCCUACGCCCACCAGCCUGGAUCCUCUCCCACCGAAUCAGCUCCCACAGAUACCAAGCUCCCUGAGGUGUUGAAGGUUAAAAUGUGGGUCGAAGUUGUGAUCACUUUGCUGCAACGAGAAGCAGAUUGGGAUGUAUACAGCUAUAUCCUUACUCAUCUCGGACCUCAGCUCGGCAACAAAGACUUCUUCCGGGAUGCCAUUCCUCAGAUCACGUUCCUUCGCAGCAUUUUGUGUGAUCAGGUGAAAAAUGGCACUUUCCACGAGCCCCCCGAGACUACCGGAUUGAAAAAGAGCGAUGUGGCCGCUUGUAUCUUCGAUGCGCUUUGCAUGCUCGUCAGCUAUCAUGAUCACUUUGCCAAAAGUGAAGAAGAUGACCUCGUCCGGGCAUUCAUGCAAGGUAUCAUCGGAUCGUGGGGCGGCACAUCCCGUGGGUGCAUUCAAGCGCUGUCGCUCUGCUGUCAUGAAAUUCCCCUGUCGGUCACGAAAUCGUUGAACAGUAUUCUUGACAGAAUGUCAAAGGUGAUCACCAUGUCCAACAUCGCGGUUCACAUCUUGGAGUUUUUAGCUUUGCUUGCACGGUUGCCCGAUGUUUAUGUCAAUCUGCGAGAGGAGGAGAUCCGCACUGUGUUCGGCAUCUGCAUUCGGUUUUUGCAGACCUCUCGGGAGCAGCGGUACAAAGCUUUUGAAUCUACUCUACGUGCCCCUCAACAACCUUCUCCAAGACCCAGCGCCGGGGCAAAGGAGAUUGCUUCCCAUGCAGCUGAAGCUAUGGAGUCCUCCCACGAUGGCAUGGGCAAGUACAUCUCCAAUCUGACCUACCAUGUCAUGGUCUUCUGGUUCUUGUCUCUGAAGCUACAGGAUCGACCUAAACACGUGAAUUGGAUCACCAGCAGGCUCAUAUAUCACGAUGAACAUGGCAAAGAAGUGGUGGAAGAACAAAGCCAAGUCUUCAUUGAUCUGAUGCAGCGAGUUGCUUAUUCGGAUCUAGGAGAUACCAUUCCAUUUGAAACCUUCCCCCCUUCCCCCGAGGAUGGUCCCGUUGUGAAGAAGUCCUGGGUCGUCGGCAUGAGCAUUGUCACCGUUGAGACUGCCGGGGUCUCUGGAAUAUCUCAGGUCACGAAGCGCCAGGCAUCGGGGACGACAUACUCUGUUUACCAACAGAGGACGGCCCCAGUGCUGCCGCAUCAAGUCCCUCCAACUCCAGAUGCUCACUUGCAUUCAGACUCUAUGCGAACGGCAGUCCUCCCGAGCCACAUCAUGCUCCAAUUGACUGCUACAGCCUUCCCUACGCCUACCGUCAUGCAGCCCAUUCCUGUCCCCGAAGACGAUAUCACCCGACGUGCGAUCAGCAGUUUCGACCGCACCGACAUUGUGGAUGGUCACCGCAUUGGCAUCGUCUAUGUUGACAAUGGCCAGACAAAAGAGGCCGAUAUCUUAGCCAAUACUGGUGGUUCCGCAGAUUAUGAGCACUUGCUAUCCGGGCUGGGAACUAAAGUGUCACUCCGGAACCCUCAGUUCAAUCCGCAGGGGUUGUACGCUGACACCGACGGAGAGAAUACUUAUGCUUGGCGAGAUCGUGUGACGGAGAUCGUGUAUCACGUUGCAACAAUGAUGCCCACAGACCUUGACCGUGACCCGGCCUGUGUCAAUAAAAAGCGAAACAUUGGCAACAACCAUGUCACUAUCGUGUUCAACCGAUCCAACUUGCCCUUCGACUUUGACACCAUCCCAUCCGAGUUCAACUCGGUCAACAUUGUCAUUACUCCGUCAUGUCGGAUUGCCUACGACGAAAAUGGCGAUGCCAAGGGCGAGACCAACCCGCAAAAGCUUUACUACAGCGUGCAGGUCCUGAGCAAGGCCGGAUUCCCUGACGUCUCACCAGCUGCGACUCCGAAGAUCAUUUCGGGCAAGAAUCUUGCAGCUUUCGUUCGCAUUCUGGCACUCAAUGCGUCUGUCUUCGCCCUUGUCUGGAACAACAAGGGUGGCGAGCAUACUUCGUCCUGGCGCACUCGUCUGCGGGAGAUCAAAAAAGUCCGCGAGCGUGCUCUCACGGCCCAGGCCCAGGGUGCGGAGGCCGCUGAGGGUGUUUACCCAGGUCUGCGACGGAAUACCAAAGCCAACAUUUUCUCAGAGGAGUUGCCGUCUCGCUCAUCUCAAGUGCAGACCGACUUCGCCGCCGAGUGGAAUGCUGCUGCGGACACGAAUAUUCUCCAGAAUCUGGAUUUCUCCCGCUGGGCUCGUUAA